GUAGUGUUUAAAAUUUGUCCAUCUGAAAGAGAAUAGUAUUUUGUUUUAAUUUGUAAAUUUUUAAGGUUUUUUCCAAAUGCUUAUUUGGCCCCUUUUUGUAAAUUUUCUAUACUGGGUAAUUAAGUUGGUAAAUUAAAGUGGAUCCCGGUGGUAUAUAGCUAGGAGAGAAAUAUAUUAAUACGCUUGAUGAUUUUGAGUAUUGUAGUAGUAAAGCUUUUUUUUUUUUUUUUGGCAGGCAGACUUAGUGAGAGAGACAGAGAGAGAGUUAUAGACAGUGAGAGAGAGAGACAGAGAAAGGUCUUCCUUCUGUUGGUUCACUCCCCUAAUGGCUGCCACGGCCGGCGCUGUGCCCAUCCAAAGCUAGGAGCCGGGUACUUCCUCCCGGUCUCCCAUGUGGGUGCAGGGACCUAAGCACUUGGGCCAUCCUCUGCUGCCCUCCCGGGCCACAACAGAGAGCUGGACUGGAAGAGGAGCAACCGGGACUAGUACCUGGCGCCCCAACCGGGACUAGAACCUGGGGUGCCGCCGCCGCAGGUGGAGGAUUAGCCAAGUGAGCCACGGCACCGGCUGAAGUAGUGAAGUUUUAAACUGUGGCUUUUAUGAACUCCAAAUCCCAUUAAGUUGGCAGGUAAUUCAACAGGCAUUGCACCGCCCCUCCAGCUCAGCUGCACAGUACCUUCAGCAGAUGUACGCAGCUCAACAGCAGCACCUGAUGCUGCACACCGCAGCUCUUCAGCAGCAGCAUCUGAGCAGCUCUCAGCUGCAGAGCCUUGCUGCUGUUCAGGCAAGUUUAUCCAGUGGAAGACCACCUACAUCCCCCACAGGAAGUGUCACACAGCAGUCAAGUAUGUCCCAGACAUCUAUCAACCUUUCUACUUCUCCUACACCUGCACAGUUAAUAAGCCGUUCCCAGGCUUCCAGUUCUACCAGCGGCAGUAUUACCCAACAGACAAUGUUACUAGGGAGUACCUCCCCUACUCUAACGGCAAGCCAAGCUCAAAUGUAUCUCCGAGCUCAAAUGCUGAUUUUCACACCCGCUACCACUGUGGCUGCUGUACAGUCUGACAUUCCUGUUGUCUCGUCGUCAUCGUCAUCUUCCUGUCAGUCUGCAGCUACUCAGGUUCAGAAUUUAACAUUACGAAGCCAGAAGUUGGGUGUAUUAUCUAGCUCACAGAAUGGUCCACCAAAAAGUACUAGUCAAUCCCAGUCAUUGACUAUUUGUCAUAACAAAACAACAGUGACCAGUUCUAAAAUCAGCCAACGAGAUCCUUCUCCAGAAAGUAAUAAGAAAGGAGAGAGCCCAAGUCUGGAAUCACGAAGCACAGCUGUCACUCGGACAUCAAGUAUUCACCAGUUAAUAGCACCAGCUUCAUAUUCUCCAAUUCAGCCUCAUUCUCUAAUAAAACAUCAACAGAUUCCUCUUCAUUCACCACCUCCCAAGGUUUCGCAUCAUCAGCUGAUAUUACAACAGCAACAACAGCAAAUUCAGCCGGUCACUCUUCAGAAUCCAACUCAAGACCCACCCCCAUCCCAACACUGUAUACCACUCCAAAACCAUGGCCUUCCUCCAGCUCCCAGUAAUGCGCAGUCACAGCAUUGUUCACCAAUUCAGAGUCAUCCUUCUCCUUUAACAGUGUCUCCUAGUCAGUCACAGUCAGCACAGCAGUCUGUGGUGGUGUCUCCCCCUCCACCUCAUUCACCAAGUCAGUCUCCUACUAUAAUUAUUCAUCCACAAGCACUUAUUCAACCACACCCUCUUGUGUCAUCAGCUCUCCAGUCAGGGCCAAAUUUGCAACAGUCCUCUGCUAAUCAGGUACAGCCUACAGCACCGUUGAAUCUUCCAUCCCAUCUUCCACUUCCAGCUUCCCCUGUUGUACACAUUGGCCCAGUUCAGCAGUCUGCCUUGGUCUCCCCGGGUCAGCAGAUUGUGUCUCCAACAUCACACCAGCAAUAUUCAACCCUGCAGUCAUCUCCAAUCCCAAUUGCAACCCCUCCACAGAUGUCAACAUCUCCUCCAGCUCAGAUUCCACCACUGCCUUUGCAGUCUAUGCAGUCUUUACAAGUGCAGCCUGAAAUUCUGUCCCAGGGCCAGGUGUUAGUGCAGAAUGCUUUGGUGUCAGAAGAGGAGCUUCCAGCUGCAGAAGCUUUGGUCCAGUUGCCAUUUCAGACUCUUCCUCCUCCACAGACUGUUGCGGUAAACCUACAAGUACAGCCACCAGCACCUGUUGAUCCACCAGUGGGAAUGCAUUUGAACCAGUGUCAUCUGCACAAAGUUUUUUCUCUUAAGGUUUAUCAGGUAGAAGAUGUGUGUGAAGAGGAAAUGCCAGAGGAGGCAGAUGAAUGUGUCCGAAUGGACAGGACCCCACCACCACCCACCUUGUCUCCAGCGGCUAUAACUGUCGGGAGAGAAGAUCUGACUUCUGAACACCCUUUGUUAGAGCAAGUGGAAUUACCUGCUGUGGCAUCUGUCAGUGCUUCAGUAAUUAAAUCUCCAUCGGAUCCCUCUCAUGUUUCUGUGCCUCCACCUCCGCUCUUACUUCCGGCCGCUACCACAAGGAGUAACAGUACAUCUAUGCCCAGUGGCAUUCCAAAUGUGGAAAAUAAACCUCCACAGGCUAUAGUUAAGCCACAGAUCUUGACCCAUGUUAUUGAAGGCUUUGUGAUUCAGGAGGGAUUGGAGCCAUUUCCAGUGAGUCGUUCAUCUUUGUUAAUAGAACAACCUGUGAAAAAGAAGCCUCUUUUGGAGAAUCAGGUGAUAAAUUCUGUAUGUGUCCAGCCGGAGUUACAGAACAAUACAAAGCAUGCAGAUAAUUCAUCUGACACAGAGAUGGAAGACAUGAUUGCUGAAGAGACAUUAGAAGAAAUGGACAGUGAGUUGCUCAAGUGUGAAUUCUGUGGGAAAAUGGGAUAUGCUAAUGAAUUUUUGCGGUCAAAACGGUUCUGCACUAUGUCAUGUGCCAAAAGGUACAAUGUUAGCUGUUCUAAAAAAUUUGCACUUAGUCGUUGGAAUCGUAAGCCUGAUAAUCAAAGUCUUGGGCAUCGUGGCCGUCGUCCAAGUGGCCCUGAUGGGGCAGCAAGAGAACAUAUCCUUAGGCAGCUUCCAAUUACUUAUCCAUCUGCAGAAGAAGACUUGGCUUCUCAUGAAGAUUCUGUGCCAUCUGCCAUGACGACUCGGCUGCGCAGGCAGAGUGAGCGGGAACGAGAGCGUGAGCUUCGGGAUGUGAGAAUUAGGAAAAUGCCUGAGAACAGUGACUUGCUACCAGUUGCACAAACAGAGCCAUCUAUAUGGACAGUUGAUGAUGUCUGGGCCUUCAUCCAUUCUUUGCCUGGCUGCCAGGAUAUUGCAGAUGAGUUCAGAGCACAGGAGAUCGAUGGACAGGCCCUUCUCUUGCUAAAAGAAGACCAUCUCAUGAGCGCAAUGAAUAUCAAGCUAGGCCCAGCCCUAAAAAUCUGUGCACGCAUCAACUCUCUGAAGGAAUCCUAACAGGAACCUGAGGCUUUGCUAUAACGGCCGUUUUACUCUUCUCAAACAGACUUGUAAGGUAAAGGCUUAACUCGCCCUGGAAUAUUAAACUUUUCGUGGUGGAUAGCCAAGCACAUUGGGAUUUCUGCAUCAGAUGCUGACAUUUCUACAGAUAGAAUAAUUCAUCAUACAUUUUCAUUAUUAGCCAACAUUGGUAAAGUUAAUUUUGCAGAUUACAUGCAACAUUAAAAGACUUGGUAGAGAAGGCCAUGAUAUUUUUCAAAGAAAUGUGUUAUACCAGAUAAUUUUUUAAAAGUAAUGCUUAUCAUUAAUAUAAAGAAUCCUUUUAAAACUUAAUAAUUUACAUUUCUCCUCUUCGUAUUCGGUUUUCUUACACAUUUUUCUACCCUAUUAGUUUUCUAAAAGUUGUUGUUAGAGAUAUGUUGUGGAAUGACUUACAAGUCCAAUGACAGAAUCAUGCAGUGAAACAUCAGUGUGCAUUUUAAAAAACGUGUCUUUUAGACAAAUGCUAUUAAAAAAGAAUUGUGUUCUAGCAUGAAUAAUACUGAUCUAGAGGUCAGAAGAAUUGGUUUCUGUUCUAAACUUGAGUUUCAGUUUCUGUGCAUUGAGUGCAGAUGUUCUCCUAGGAGGUCAGUUUUUCCUCCCCAGAGGACAAUUAACAAUACCGAGAGACAUCUUUGGUUGUCACAGCUCAGAGUUAAUGUUGGGGAGCGUUGCUGCUGGUGUCUCCUGGGUGGAGGCCAGAGAGGCUGAGUAUGUUACAGUGUACAGGAUAGCCGUCUGCCAUGGAGGGUAUCUGGUCCAAAGUGUCAGUAGCGUCCAGAUUGAGAAAACUAGAUGUAAAAGGAGUGAUGUUGCUCUUUUCCACCCAGAGGGACAUUUUAAAAAGGCAACAAGGAAUAUAUAUACAAUGGGACUGUUAUUUAGGUAGUGUUAAAAUUCUGAUGAAGUACUUGAUCCAGUUUUAUGCAUACUAGAAAAUGGAAAAGAAAACCACAAAACUGACUUGUAAAAUAAGGACUAGCAUACAAAUAAUUUGACUCUGAGAAAGGAAUGCUUUAUAUUAUCUUUCUUAUCUCUCUGCUCCUCUGCACUGAUGAAGGCAUAAUCCAAUUAUGCUAUGAACCAGCGCACUCCUUCUGUCGAGGAAAUGGUUUGUAGCAGAUAGUGACUGCUCUGUGGAACUUUUCUGAUGUUGAAUGUGCUGGGUCUAGCUAGAACGCACAUUUCUUUUUCCUUUACUAAACUGGUGCAUGCUUCCUGCAAAGCACUUACCGAGUGAUUUCUGCUGGAUGAUCAGAUCUGAUUUUAUAUGUACAUGCUUUAGGGAAAAAAAUUAAACAAAACCUUCCCUUGAACAGUUCUAUGGAAUUAUGAAACUAAACCAGAAUUGCUUGUAGGAAACCUAAGAACAUUGUAGUCCUAGAUAUGAGAAACUUUUGAGAUUAUGAAGGUUUUGUUUUCAUCUUUUCCUGUUUCUUCUAUGUACCAUGUGCUUGAGAUAGUUUGCUGAUUGCAGGAACAUACAGUGGUAUUUGGCGGAAGUUCAGUAAGUGGGAAAAGAAGAGUCCAAGAGUUUCAUUUUCACUGCUCUUUUCACAAAAAUUGUGUUGAGCUAGUAGAAGACUAAGAUGUCACUAAAGACAUCACAGAUAUUUAUCUUUUGGCUUUGUGUACAUUAGAGAAUGUUGAUUAUUUUUAUACAAAAAUACAGCGGGUAAUUUUUUUAAUCUCUAGAUGCCUCUUGUUUGAAUGUAUGCUUUGUGGGAUUCUUUGUGUAGUAAUGUUUAAAAAGAGAUGUUUACCGAUAGUUAUGUGUAGGAUUAGGAGGUUUAAUAUAAUGUAAGGCUCAUAUUCCAGACCUGCAGUAGGUUGUAGUCUAUGUUACAUAUUUCUUUAUAUCACAUUUUAAUUACUGGACUGAAGUUUCAAGGAAUGGUCAGUACUCUGUAGUCAAUUUUCAUUUAUUAACAGCUAAUCAUGAUUGACAAAGUCAUCAUAUGCUCGACUUUUCCCCUCAUCUUGCAAUUUCAAAACACAAAUGCAGGACAGGCACUAGUAAGAGAGGCCCCUGCACGAAGGAGGGAGGUGCAAAGGAGUCUCCCCUGGAACAACAGCUUUGUCACAGAUAAUCCACAGUUAUUACAGCACUGUUGAGGAUAGGCACCCCUGGCGGUAACAGUUACCUCGGAAACCAUUUUAUUUAUAGCCUUUAAGGUACUAACUUCCAAGUGUGUUGUAUGUUCUCUCUUUAUUUACUUCCUCUGGGAAGUCAUUCUGCACUUAUUAAAAGCCCCUGUGCCUAGCACAGACCAGAAGGGGCUUACAAGAAGAGUUGCUAUUGGAGAAUGCCUUAUAAUCUGAAAUCUUACAAGUGGUCACAAUCUUCUAUUGUCCCCACUCAAAACAUAGCCAGAAUACAUACUUGCUGUUUUGAGUAGUUUUAUUUAUAAAUGGCUCAUUUGCUGUCAACUUUUUGUUCUUUUCUUGGUGCAGCCAUUUUGUAGAUGAUCUAAUCAUAUUCAUUUCAAAGCUUUAGCUGUGUGAUGGGAAUGCAGCUGACACUGCAUGUCCACCCCUGUACUGAGUUUUCAGCACUGUUUCAGUAUGGUAUAGGUAGGGAGGGUACUGUUCCUUUCCUUCCCUUUCAUGUGGCUAACUGGUUUAGAUUUUGAUUGGGUAAAGGAUUUGGCAAGCAGAAAAGGAACAUGGGAGGUUCUUUUGCUACUUAAGUUAGCAUUUUCUAGUUUCUUUACAUCUUUUCCUGUUGAGGAGGAAAAACUGUGUUUGAAAUUUUAUUUGCUUUAAGCUUGUGUUCCUAGGAAAGUAAACAAACUGAGAGAACUUGUAAAAAUUUUUAUAUAACAUUAAUAGUCAUCAAGCCUUGUGCAGGCAUGUGUAAACACAGCUAUGCAUCUUUGAUGUAAUCAGUAUAGUAUGAGACAGUGCUAUUCCACAACCUGUCACCUUUACAGUGGCUAUUUCUAUGCUGAUACCUUUAGGUUUGCUAUGGAAUUUUCUAAAUAGAACUUUUUUUCCAUCAUAGUUUAAGGGCUGGCACCUAGGAGUAGAGAAAGUGGAAUGGAAGGAAAGAAAUGCUAGUGCCAAAGCUUGAGAAGGAGAAAGAGGCAGACAGGGAGGCCUGCCAUCUUCAUUAGUUGUCAUGCACUUCAACGCUGAACAAAUUUCUGUGCUUUUGAAGUGAAUAUUCAUGUCUUACCUAGUUGAAAAUAGCAGUUAUUUUUUUCAUAGGUAUCCCACUGUUAAUUUUCGUUUCCUUAUGUGGUGAAGCAUUUAAAACUAUGAAACAAUAUGGUAACCAUGCCUCAAUAAUUUUUGUGAUAGUUAAUCUUCAUAUAGCACUUGUAAAAUUAUAGUCAAACACCCAUUCACAGAUACAAAUCUUUGAUUGUAAUCUGUCAUUGUGUCCCAUUUCACUGGCUUGUUCAAUUAAAUAUUUUGAAGCCCAUUAGUUACAAUUUUUAUGGUUUUGUUACCACUGUGGCACAAGAAUGACAGGGAGGCCAUGUAGGUUUAAGUGUUGGGCCAUGUUUACAAGUGCACAGAUUUAGAAAGUGUAUCCUGAAUGAAGCUGACCUCACAGCCACAUCCAGUGGAUGAAAUCCUCAGCUAGACAUUUUUCCCUGGAAGAGGCUAUUUAUUAUAGUUUGUGGUUUGAAAACUCAAACGUGCUGCCUCUUCCAUUGAGUACUAGCUAAUGGCAGAAAAGGCCUCACCUCACUACCCCUGAUACCUCCUCAGCUCCAACCAAACUGCAUGAAAACUUUAUUACAGACCCUUGCCUCAAAGUCCUUAGAGACUUUUGUAAAGGGGCCAAUUUUAGGAGGGGAAGCAGCUGGGGCAGGACUUUAUGAAACCCUGGGCAGUGGAAACUGGCCCAUCUAUGCAGAAUGUGUGCCCAGUUGGUUUCUUGCGCACAUACAAUAGUAUGAAACUAGAGGGGCCCUGGGGAAGGUUUUCUGGGAAGAAGGUUGGGGAAGUGGAGGAGGAGAUAUAUAGAAGAGAAAAAGCAUUCCAGACCUUAGAGGAUAGCACAGUUAAGUGAAGCUGUUUAGUAUAGAUUAUGGCUUUCAUCAAUAGUUUGACAUAGUAAAUCACUGCUGGAUCCCAGUCAAUGCUGUAGUUUUUAUGUCAAGAUUUACCUAUAAUCAGACUCACUCUCUAUCUUGCAAGCAUAGAUACCGAUAAGUUCUAGUGAUACAAAAGUUAAUGACAGUUGAUUUCUGAAAAAGGUGACAGCUGUUACAGUUGAAGAAUAGUUGUCAAAAACUUAAAGGCUGAUUCUUACGAGUUGUCAGAAUUACAAAGGCAAGUUUCCAUUUUCAGAUACCACAGCUGAACCAGUCUUGUAGAUUAUUACAAAGAAAGGCAUUUUGAGAUAAUAUCUUAUUUGUUCGGUUGUGUCUCAGUCUAAGAAUUGGGUGACUAGGAGCGAUAGGUUUCUCUUUACUAGUCUGGAUUUCAGUAAAAACAAGCCUACCUCUAUUUCUUCCAUGCACAGCAGUGUGGAUCAUGAAAUGAACUAUUUAACCCACAUUCAUUAAUACUGGCAUUUUGUAAUUUAGAGCAUUUGAUUUUAUUUCAAAGGUUGUGAUUCAGUAUAGAUAAGCACAAACAUAGUGUUAGGAAAAGUAAAUAUGCAAUCUUCCUGAAACUUAAUUUUGACCCAUUUAAGCUAUAUACGUCUUUAAAAAAUUCUUUGGGGCGAUAAUCCUCUUUUGUUAGAAGUUCAUAAAAUUUAUCACCAUAUAGUUUCCUUCAUAGCAGCAGAACAAGCCAUUUCUUUAGUCAAAAAGUUUAAAAUUAUAUUAUUCCUUGAAAAGUUUCUAAAUUUUUAAAAUUCCUGAGUUUUGCAUAUUAUUUUUAGAGCUUAAUCUACUGUAAAACUAUACUAUGAGAAAGCUUUAUUUGAGAGUUUUAUAAGGCUUGAAUGCAAAUAUUAUUAUCACCAUCAUAUUCUAGAGAAAACAUCUGGCUUUUUCUGAACUUACUGUAGCAAACAUACAUUGAGAGGGAGUCCACACCCUCCUUUUUCUACCUGAAACCCAGCUUCUCUGCAGACUCCCCUCUGUCUGAGAAGCGUGCGCACUCCUCACCAGUGUCAUCUUUAUGGUAUCUUUUGGGAAAGGUUUUCCACAAAUGUUUUCUUUCUUUCUUUUUUAAAAAAAUAGCGUGUGGAUGUUUAAUUUUAUUAAAAGAUGACAAUUUUAGAGAUAUUAGAGAAGAGGUAAGAAUGAGCAUUUGGCUAAUACUCUAAAAAUUCUUUUUUGCUGCCUUUCAAAAAUAUUGCUUUGUGAUAUUGAGUAGUAUUCAGUGUGAAUCUCUAGAAGACAAAGUAUGCUGUUGAAAAGUAGUAAUGAAUGAAUUUUACUUUGGGAGAACCAGUAUAAUUUUGAAGCACUGUUAUGCUACUGGCAUAAUUUUAAUUAGAGAGUAAUAUAGUAAGUCCUUUUAGACUGCCUAUUCAAAUUAACUUCAUAAUCAUUUUUUAACUUUUAAAAAUUUUAACUAAAUAUUAUAAGGGUUAAUAGUAGCCAUUUUUUAUUGGCUUUAAAGCUAUAGUUUAUGGAAUAGUACCAGUGUUAAUUCCAUGUUUUGUGGAGCUUACAUUGAUGGCAUGAAGAAGUUGGUGUUUAUAAGAGAGUGGUGGAACCUGAAAUAAACAUCAACCUAUUUUAGAAAGAAGGAGUUUUUAGUCUUGCUUCAAACCAGACAUGUCCAGUGUUUAAAAUAUUUGUUUGGAAUGCUUGUCUUAAAAGUAUUUUUUCUUUAAGUAUUAAAUACUGAGUAAAUAACCUACUUUAAUAGUAAGUGACAGGUUAAUAUACCUUGAAUUAACAUGAUGAGUAAAAAUAAAACACAUUGGUCUAAAUAUUGGGGUUUUACUUUGUUGGUUAAAUAGUUAUGUUUGACACCUUGGGCAAUGAUUUGGCUUUUAACCGCCUCUAAAUAUACAGUAUGGUGCCUCCAGUACUCACAGUGUUGAUUUUGGCUUAAGGUAGCCCCCUAGCUCUAAAACUAUAAUGCCAGACCAUAUAAUGGGACAUUUUUAAAGUUGUUCCUACUUGGUUUUCUUUCCCUUUUUAAUGCUUCAUUUUAUACUUAAGAGCUUUUGCUAAAAGAUGUUUAUGAAGCAGACAUUUCCUGGGCCAUCUACAGUCUUUGUUCUCCUAAAGAUUAAGGCAGAAAAUUCAGACUAGCAAAUGAGGUUUUUCUAAAUGCUACAUAUUGGCUAACCACUGACCAUGUGAACACAUAAGAAUAUUGUCAUUCAUGCACCUAGGCAUUCAUUUAUAAAGCAAACAAUUUGAAUCCUUACAUGUACGACAUGGGUAGUGUACAUGACUUAAAGAACUGGUAAUAAGUAAAAUCUUCCCAAACAAAAUUCAUUGUGGCUUAAGUAAACAUGGGCACAAUUAUUACCUAAUAUACUGACUGUAAAUUUGGAAUGGGAGGAAUUUUUUUAUGCAUUGGCUAGAUGACAGCUAAGUGGUCUGAGUUAGUCACACCACAAUUCCUACAACAUGGUUCACACACUAGACAUCAAAUGACCAUAUGUUUUAUUAGGUUACAAAAUUAAAGUUGUCUAACUUUAAGGACUUAACAUUUUGAUACUCUUGUAGUAACCCAUAUUCCACAGCAGUAUUUGGACACUUGAUUCUGUUCUAGAGUUAUUGUUGUAUGCCAUGUAUAGUACAACGAAAGAAGCUGGUGUUGAUUUACUGUACAUUUUUAUUUACAAAACUUUUAAACCCAAUAUUGAAAAUGCAGCAACUUUUCAGAACCGAAAAAUCUCAAAGGUGAUCUCUGGGACAGGUUUGGGUUUUGUUUGUUUUUAAAGUAAGAAAGAUCACACAAAAUAAAUUGUAUUAUAAAAUUAUUAGAGAUGCCCAGCUUUUUAUAUGUGUAAGCAGCAGUAUCUUUAGGAAGUAUAUUUACUGCAUAGGAAAAGGGUAUCCUGUAAAAUGUGGAGCUGGUAAAACGCAAAACAGUCCCAUGUUGAAUUGCCAAGUAUUUGGGAAGAAAACAUUAAAUGGGAGAAUGAAUCAUUAAUUGGGUAAAAUUUCCUUCUUGUGCUGGAAUUCUGUGACCCACACUGUUAUAUUCCUGUUGUAACAGCUUUAAAUAUUAAUAAUCAGUUGGUACUAACAUUCUUCAUAAAGACAAAAAAUGAGAAUAUAUUUUAAAACCUUUUGUGCAUCAAAGUUACAGCUUUUAAAGCAGGAAACUAUCCAAAUAAGUGUUGGAUUAGAAUUUACAUUAGAGUCUUUCAAACUGACUGAAAACAGAAACACUAACAUGUAAGUAGCCAGUCUGGAUUUUAAAAAACUGUCCCAUGGUUAAAAAUUACCUUUAUAGUGUUUUAAUUUUUUUAAAGUGUAUCUAAGUUUGCAGAUAUUUUUGCUGUUAAAAUCUUUUGCAUAAAUGCUUUUUUUGUAUAUGUAAUUUUAAGUUUUCAAAAGUCAACUGAAUAUGUGUGAAGAUAGUAUAACUUUUCUCUGUAUUACUUCCAAGUUGGGUAACUACAUUCCCAAUCACCUCACUUAAAGGCUUAUUAUUCUUUUUGUUUUUUCCCAUAUGGAGGAAAAAAAGUCAAAGUAAGUUCCAAAAAAACUACCCCCAGAGUAAGGCUUAUGCCUGUAGUGAAGGUUGGAAGCUGUAGACAGCAGUACACAAGAAUGGUACCGACACUGGUGGCAGGCACUUCAAGUCUCCACUAAAUUCCUACUUGUUGUCUUCUUUUAAAGAAAGGUAAAUGGUUGUGAUCAACUUUGUUGUUGUUUUAGUUUUUGAUGCUUCAAGUGCAUGGUGAACUGAUUUGUAAAAACUUCUUCUUUUUGGUUCCUCCCAUUAUUCUAAAGUAGAAUUUUUAUAUUAUUAAAACUUCAAAAGAUAAUCUACCCAGGAUGAACAAACCAUCACCAAGGGGAAAAACUUUUUUUUUUUUUAAUCUUUACAGAAAACAAAUGUUAAGAUUAUAUAAUAGAUGUAUUCUUUACAUUGGCUAUUGUAUUAGAGUCCUCACGAAAAAUGAAAUAGUUUUAGCACUCUUAGCAUUAGAGUUCCUUGAUUGGUGUCUAUAGCUAGUUUAAAAAUGUAUAUCCUGAAAAUGAAGUUAAUUUUGCAUCAGAGCACACCAUGAUCUAUGUAAAAAGUGUCCAUUUGGUGUAUUUUUUUAAAAGAGAAAGCACUUUCAUAUUACGAGUAGCAUGUGUAUGAAUUUUAGAUUUUCCUAUUUGUUGUGUCUCUAUUCAGUGAAGUAAACUUGAGCAUUCAAAUGUUUGUUGAUGGCAACAUUAACUAUUAAAUUAAAGCACCUUAUACUCUGCUGCUUAAACUUGCUUGUAAUUGCACCUUUGUUCCCUGCACAUUUUCACAUAGAAUAUUGUUGUAACAUUGCUCCAUGUGGGUCUGGAUGGAAGAUUCAUGGGCCUCCAGGAUCAUUUAUUUAUAUUGUUUAUAUUCAAUAAUAUAUUGUAGACCAGUUGUAAGUUCAUUUCUUUACAAAUAAAAGCCUCUUCCAUUUGGCUGUC